AUGGUGAUGCCAGUUCAGCUUGUGGCAGAGGACUUCAAAAUUACUCUCCCAGAGCUGCGAAAUCUGAUGGAAUUACGAAAGAAAGAUGCAGUGACAAAAAUAAAAGAAAUGUAUGGUGACAUCUUUGAAAUCUGUAACCGGCUGCAGACCUCUCCUAUGAAUGGGAUAUCGGCUAACCAGCAAGAAUUAGAGUUAAGGAGAUCUGUCUUUGGAAAUAACUUCAUACCUCCUAAAAAGCCCCUAACUUUCCUAGAAUUAGUAUGGGAAGCACUGCAGGAUAUGACUUUAUGUGUCUUAGAAGUUGCAGCCAUCAUAUCAUUAGGACUUUCAUUUUAUAAUCCACCAGGAGGAAGUAUGGCAACAUGUCAUGCACAUGGUUUUGAAGAAGAAGAAGUAGGAGGGGAGGCUGAUUGGAUUGAAGGUUCUGCAAUACUUUUGUCAGUAGUUUGUGUAGUGAUAGUGACUGCUUUCAAUGACUGGAGUAAGGAAAAUCAAUUUAGGGGGUUGCAGAAUCGCAUUGAAAAGGAACAUUUGUUUACGGUUAUCCGCAGAGGAGAGUUAGAACAAGUGGCAGUAGCUGACUUAGUGGUUGGGGACAUUGCACAGAUCAAAUAUGGUGACCUUCUACCAGCUGAUGGUUUGCUUCUCCAAGGGCAUGAUCUGAAAAUUGAUGAGAGCUCCCUCACAGGGGAAUCAGAUCAUGUCAAGAAAUCUUUGACUGGGGACCCUAUGUUGCUUUCAGGUACCCAUGUGAUGGAAGGCUCUGGAAAGAUGGUUAUUACAGCUGUCGGUAUAAACUCGCAAACAGGAAUUAUCCUCACUUUACUUGGAGUGGGAGAGGAGAAAGAGAAAGAGAAACCGACAGACAAAACACACACAAAAGCAGAUAACUCUCCUGGGAAGAGCGAGAAUGCCAAAAAGGUGUGUGAAGAUGCAACCGAAACAAACGAAACGCAACAACAUCCAACGAAACCAAAGACACACAAAAAAGAAAAAUCAGUUCUACAAGCAAAACUCACCAGAUUAGCAGUUCAGAUAGGCAAAGCAGGACUGGCAAUGUCUAUAAUUACCGUUAUUGUCCUUAUAGUCUUUUUUUUAGUUCAAACUUUUGUGAUUGAGAAGCGUGUUUGGACUAUUGAAUGUACACCAGUUUACAUACAAUAUUUUGUGAAGUUCUUUAUUAUUGGUGUUACAAUCUUGGUCGUAGCAGUGCCAGAGGGCCUUCCACUUGCUGUCACCAUCUCACUUGCCUACUCUGUGAAGAAAAUGAUGAAAGAUAAUAAUCUAGUGAGACAUUUGGAUGCCUGUGAAACUAUGGGUAAUGCAACUGCAAUUUGUUCAGAUAAAACAGGAACCUUAACCAUGAACAGAAUGACUGUAGUCCAGAUUUUCAUUGGUGGCACACAUUAUAAAGUUGUUCCUGCACCUGAUUUAAUUCACCCAACCAUGUUGAUGUAUCUGCUUGAAAGUAUUUCUGUAAAUUGUGCUUAUACGUCUAAAAUCCUGCCUCCUGAAAAACGGGGAGGCCUGCCCUGUCAAAUUGGGAAUAAAACUGAAUGUGCUUUACUGGCCCUGCUUUUGGAAUUAGAUCUGGAUUAUGAGGCUGUAAGGACUAAGAUACCAGAGGAGAAGCUGCAUAAAGUGUACACUUUCAAUUCCGACAGGAAAUCUAUGAGCACAGUUUUGAAAAAUGCUGAUGGUAGUUAUCAACUGUUCAGCAAAGGUGCUUCUGAAAUACUCCUUCAAAAAUGCAACCGACUAUUGAAUGCUGUUGGAAGAGAAGACCCCUUUUCAAAAAAAGACCGGGAAAACGUAAUGAAAAAUGUGAUUUCACCGAUGGCCUCAGAGGGUCUUCGAACCAUAUGUCUAGCUUUCAGACAUUUCCCGGCUGGCCCUUCAGAACCAGUAUGGGACAACGAGGAUGAUAUUAUCAAGGAGUUGACGUGUAUUGGAAUUGUAGGUAUUGAAGAUCCGGUGAGACCUGAAGUUCCUGAUGCAAUAAGAAAAUGUCAGAAUGCUGGCAUAGUUGUGCGUAUGGUCACUGGAGAUAACAUAAACACCGCUCGCGCAAUUGCUGCAAAAUGUGGCAUCCUGCGACCCGGAGAGACAUUUGUGUGCUUAGAGGGGACAGAUUUUAAUAGACUGAUACGUGGUCUGGAUGGGGAGAUUAAACAAGAGCUUCUUGACAGGAUUUGGCCUACACUUUGUGUGCUUGCAAGGUCCUCACCUACUGACAAGUACAACUUAGUGGAAGGGAUAAUUAACAGUAAUAUCACAGAAGAAAGGCAAGUGGUAGCAGUAACUGGUGAUGGCACUAAUGAUGGGCCUGCAUUAAAAAAAGCUGAUGUUGGCUUUGCAAUGGGUAUUGCUGGAACAGAUGUAGCUAAAGAAGCCUCUGAUAUCAUUCUCACUGAUGACAACUUCUCCAGCAUUGUUAAAGCGGUUAUGUGGGGUAGGAAUGUCUAUGACAGCAUUUCCAAAUUCCUCCAGUUUCAGCUUACUGUCAAUGUAGUAGCAGUGAUAGUUGCUUUUACGGGAGCCUGCGUCACCCAGAAUUCCCCUCUGAAAGCUGUUCAGAUGCUGUGGGUCAAUCUCAUUAUGGAUACAUUUGCUUCUCUUGCUUUAGCCACAGAAAAGCCAACCGAAGCCCUAUUGAAACGAAAGCCUUAUGGCAGAGACAAACCCCUUAUCUCUCGUACAAUGCUGAAAAAUAUUGUGUUCCAAGCCAUUUAUCAGCUUGUAGUUGUCUUUGUGCUUGUGUUUGCAGGUGAAAAACUAUUUGAUGUCGAAAACGGACGGCUUGCACCAAUGCAGUCCCCACCUACCCAGCAUUACACUAUUGUCUUUAACACAUUUGUAAUGAUGCAGAUUUUUAAUGAAGUCAAUGCACGAAAGAUUCAUGGGGAAAGGAAUGUUUUUUCAGGGAUAUUCACCAAUAGCAUCUUCUGUUUUGUCACUGUGGGAACACUGAUAACACAGAUCAUCAUUGUUGAGGUGGGAGGCAAGCCCUUUAGCUGUACAAAGCUUACGCUUGAGCAAUGGUUAUGGUCAAUCUUCUUUGGCUUUGGGACAUUGCUCUGGGGACAGUUGAUCAUUAGUAUUCCAAACAGGUAUCUUUGCUGCCUGAAGGCAGUAGGUGGGGGGCCACUAAAACAGGAAAUUAUUGAAGAACUACCUGAAGAGACAACAGCAAUUGACUAUGGACAGCGGGAACUGCGUCACAGUCAGAUUUUGUGGUUUCGGGGCCUGAGCAGAAUACAAGCUCAGAGCAAAGUGGUGAAAGCCUUUCGAGUAGAGUAUGACAUACACACAAUAAAUGCCUCAUGUAGAAAGAGGUAUUGUAGACAACUGGCCUUAUAA